AUGGCCGACGAAGAUCAGUCUGCCGAGGAUUGGGAGAAGCUGCAGGCAGCGGCUUGGUCCCUCCCUUUCAGCAUUACCGGAGUGGUCACUAGUGUAGAUGACUGCAAUCAAUCCUCUCUCGCUCUGAGAUCCCCUGCAAGAGCCAAGGAAGGCUCGGGUUCACUUCAAGAUGGGUCUAAUAUCGCAAAUCUACACUCCACCGUCGCCCCUGCGUCUUUCUCACCUGGUGUGAACAACCAAGCUCCUGGAAUAUCGGCAUCCUCGCCACUCCGGCAAGCUCAACCACGAGCUGCUAGGACACCGGUGCGUGCAACUGGUCAACCUUCCCAACACGUAGGCACAAAUUCCACCCCUCGGAUGACUCAGGCACCUGUUGAAUCUGCACCACAGGACUCCAUCGGCAAAGCAAAGUGGCGAUCUGGCGCAGGUCCCGAUGGAUACGUCCGCCUGCCGUUGGCCAUUAACCAGUUCCAAGACAUUGUCACGCAAUUCACAAAGAAAACUGGCCAACCCAUCACGAACUUUCGUACGUUUAUUGUUGACGCUACAGGUGCAUAUCUCACCGUAGGAUAUCGUGGUGAACGGGUUGUUCUCAUUUGGGGAGAUGGAAGCCAGGUUCUGGCAGCCUAUACUCUCCUUAACACCUUGAUUAUUCAGGUCGCACAGCAGAGAAAUGGCACAGCUCCGGACUGGACCCGUAUCAACUCUCACUCAACUUUCAAAAUCGGUGUCGCGGAGACAAAAGAAAUUCAGACUGUGCAUUCGCAGAAAUUGCGAAACGCUUCAAACAGUGUCCCUGAAACCACGAUGUGUCUUUCGUGGCCUCCAAAUGGACCAGCAUUGGGUCAGUGCCUGGCAUCACGUCGUCAGCUUAUUGAUUCCAUCCGUCUUCAAUAUGGUGUCAAUAUUUAUACCAAGCCCGGAGUAUGGGACAAGCUGUACUUGUCUGGAUCUGACGAACACAAUUUCUUGAAAGUGGUUAAUAGUUACAAGGAGCUGUGGAAGACACUGUCUUUGCAACACGAGACCGAGAUCAGAGUAUUCCUCGUCGAGCCACCUCCCCCGGAAAUCAUGCGUAAGGACGUUAUCAUGCAGAGUUAUUCAGACUUGGUCAAGCCAUAUCUCUCUGAAUUGAAACUGCCCGCCAAUCAAGCUGCCCCUUGGGAGAGGAAAAGAGAGAAGGCCAAGCAGGAGAACAAGCUCGCCAUCGUUGAUCACUUGGAGCGCGCACUGCACUUCGUUCCUCGUUUCCACGGAUACAGACAGAUGCGUGUCAAAUUCGGUUCACUCGUUCUGAGAGAGUAUGAGAAGCCCAAUGGUACAGCUGAUCCACUUCUCUAUCUGGAAUUCCUUGACAUGCUCAUCAGCACUCCUGCCAAAGGCCAACUAUUUCCUGGACUCCGGCUUACCCAGAAUCAGCUAAUUAAACGUGUCAUGAGUGCGGGGAAUCUACUCAUUCCUGCUGGCAAUAUCCCACUUCGCUCCUUUCCGAAUAUUCAGCCACGAUUCUCUGCAUCGUUUGAGUACAAGAUCAACAGUGACGAAGUCGUACGCAUCGAAGCUAACUUUACGCUUCCACGGGGCAGCGAAGAAUUCGAAAUCAACCAAAUACGAUGCUUCAAGCCACGGAAGACUGAUGGAACUGGAGAAUCAGAACUGCCCAUGCAAAUCAGCAUGGUUGACUUCGACCGGUCCGACUGGCAAUUGGAGAUCAAAGCUCUGGACAUGCUCGAGGAGGAAGACAUACCUCCCGACGUCGAGGAUGUCAUGCGCAAGUUAAGCUUCGUAUGGAACGAGAGCGCGCUUAGCAUCAUCUCAGUUCCGGAAAGAAUGGCCAAGUUCCCACCUGGCUCGCCUCUGACCUGUUUUGUCGAGAAGUCUGCCAUCGAAUUCAGCGUCAAGGGUACAAACCUUGUGUUUGAGCUUGCUCGCUUUGUGAGAUACAAUGUGGCCAAUGGCCGGGUUUUAAAGUUCCCCGAUGUGACUUGGGGAGGUUCACUUUUCGAUCCGGAUUGGGAUGAGAUGCUCGGUGAAAAUGUCGAAUUCGAUCCCAGUCGGUUCGCACAAGAGGCGUGCCUCUCGACGUUUUUCCCACCAUCCCAGGGAGAAGACAUUGAUGAGGAGGCUCAGCUUUGUGUGUUCAUGGGUGCCCUGCAUCAGAUUGCACAUAUGCUGGGGUCUCCAGAAUCUACUGUGACCAAGGUUCUCAAUGUGAACGUGGGGACUUUGUUUUGA